AUGACAACUUCCUGUCCUUCCUCCUUCUGUGCCUCCUCCCUCUACCUAUUUGCAUCCGCCCUCUCCUCCUGUUCCAUCUCAUCCUCGUACCCUAGUGGAUGCGCACUCAGCGUUUGUGAGCACCGCCGCCGCAGUGAUCGUGGCAGUUGCCACAGCAGUGGCAGCAAAUUUCACCGCUGCUCGAAGCAGCUUGAGCUACUUUUACUCAUGCUCGCAAGAUAUAAGAAGAUGGAGUAUUCGGCUGACGACAUCGCAGCAGCCAGGAAUCUGCAGUUCUUAACAUACCUAGCUAGUGCGCAUGGUUUUCUGAACAGCUUCUUCCUGGUGCUAACUUGGCAGCUCAGCGUCGAUGGUGGCAUUCUGGGUAGGCAUGUCCAGAUCUAUUCAUAUCCGCCAUUGAAUUCGUGGAUCCAGACCUAUGAUUACGCUUGUUCACUACACACAGAGUGGACAUUCCUCCUGGAGUCGCGCUGGACCAAGGUAAAAAGCCUUUAUGCCAUUACACGACAUGCCCCCUUUUUGCUCCUCAUCACUGAGCUAUAUAUGCACUUCACGCCGAGCGAGAAACUCGAUGAAUAUGUAGGAACUUACCCACUAAUGAAUGACGCUUACAUACCGCAUGACUUCACAGAAAUGCCGGAUAUCGUUCUCUAUUUACUCAUAACAUAUGCGCUCUGGAACAGCAAUAGAAUCGUACUCGCAGUCAUGUUGUCCGCCUUUCUCGCUGCUGUGGUUGCUUCCAUCAUCAUUGGUUUCAUCACCGUUGGCACAUCACACGUUGUGACAAGCGCAAUCCCAGGAAUCUUAGGUUGCUAUCGGACCUCGACCAACCUCAGCUUCAUACAAUUUGUUCAAUUGUUUGUAUUCCAACUAGGACUCAUCUCCCUCACGCUCAUACGUGUCAUACAGAGCUGGCGGACGAACACCGGCCCUAUGUACGCCAUCCUGGUCAAGCAUAACAUAUUCUACUAUGCAUCUGGUCUGGUUCUUUCAGCCGUCAAUUUCCUCAUAAUAAUGUUGUUCUACGACUCCCCAUAUCACUCCCUCCUCGAAGAUUUCGAGUGCUUUUUCCUUACAAUCCUCGCCACGCGCAUGCACCUCCAUCUCUGGCAGAUAGACCGGAAUGCACACGUCUCUGACGCCCUUGGAAUGACUUUGUUGUCUGAUAUAGUCAUGGCGGACCCUAUAGCUUACUCGGCGUCGCUUGUGGAGUAACAUUGGACUAACAACGUGACUGGUCUGGGUGAUUUGGUCGGGUUUGGGAGGUGCUUAACUUAUGGAAAUGUCUUUUUUUUCUUGUUGUGGGUGGGAGGUGUGGUUGGCUGGCCUUGAUCUAUUUAAUAUCCAUAGGUGUCAAGUUUCCGCUGUGAGGGCCGCGGAUGAGUGGAUAACGAUCGGGAUUUGAGUGUGCUAGGGUCAGAAGUGCUUCUUAGCGGCAGUUCGUAUCAUUCUCCGAAUUAC